AUUUAGUAGUUGUGAAUGAUAAGAAAGCAUCGAUCAGAUGUCAUGCUCCCUCCAACAUGCUUUUGCUUCCUCCUCUUCCACUUCUGCUACGCCACCACCACCACCACCACCACCGCCACUGCCCCCAUUAGUUCUCCUACCGACACUCUAAACCCAACUGAAUCAAUCACCGAUGACGGCCAAAUCGUUGUCUCUGCUGGAAGCAGUUUUGCGUUGGGCUUCUUCAGCCCAGGCAAUUCUAGUUACAGGUACGUUGGGAUUUGGUACAACAAAGUUCCUGAAACCACCGCGGUUUGGGUCGCCAACAGAGAUAACCCACUCAACGAUUCCUCAGGAGUCCUCUCCCUCGCCCUUGAUGGGAAUCUCGUCCUCACUUCUCGUAGCGAUCAGAAACAUCCUCUCUGGUCUACCAAUGUUUCCAUAAGUUCCAAUACCACUGUUCUGCAGCUCCUCAACACCGGAAACCUGGUUCUAUACAGCGGCGGCGAGAGGAAUAGGAUCCUGUGGCAAAGCUUCGACCACCCGACACAUAUAUGGCUUCCUGGCCUGAAAUUAGGGUUGGACCGGAAAACUGGUCUGAACCGAUCCCUGACAUCCUGGAAGUCCAAAGACGACCCUAGCCACGGGAUUUACUCGUUCUGGAUGGACCCAAGGGGGUCACCCCAGACCUUCUUGUAUAAGGGAUCGGCUCCACUCUAUCGAUCCGGUCCAUGGAACGGUCAAAGGCUAAGUGGUAUUCCAGCGAUGAACGAGGAGGGCUCACUCUUGAGGUACUAUUUCGUCGACACCAACGACGAGCUCUACAUCAUCUACGACAGCUACGAUUCCUCCAUCUUCGCACCAACCGUGAUAGAUGACUCCGGGGCCAUCCAGCCGAUGAUGUGGACAGAGAGUCGAUGGAAUACAUUCAUUACGUUGCCCAGCGAUAAGUGCGACUACUACGGACACUGCGGGGCCUACGGGAUAUGUCAAAUACAGAAGGACACGGUGGAGUGUUCGUGCCUGCCAGGUUUCCAACCCAAGUCUCCAAGAGAAUGGAACUCGACGGAAUGGUCAGAGGGGUGCGUGAGGAAAAGAAACCUUGGUUGUGGCAGCGGAGGAGAUGGGUUCCUGAAGUUGGUAGGCGUGAAGCUUCCCGACUCGUCCAUGUCCCUUGUCGACAAGAAUCUGAAUCUCAUGGAAUGCGAGCAAAAUUGCUUGAAGAACUGCUCUUGCACCGCCUACGCCCCUGCUGAUAUAACCGGCGGAGGUAGUGGCUGCGUUUCUUGGUUUAACAACUUGACGGACAUUCGGUAUUUGACUUACAACGGCCAAGAUUUAUACUUACGUGUGGAUGCAGUGGAGUUGGCAGCACAAACAAGAAAAGAUAAAGGAUUUCUUCACAACAAGCGGAGAGUGGCGAUUCUUACCGUGUCUAUUGUUGUGGGUGUGCUUCUCUUUGUUGCAUUUGUGUAUGGUUUCACAAAGAAAAGAAAAGGUGCCACUGAGAAGCAGCGUAGCCGGUUCUUAAUUGAUUUCACAACUAGUUCAAGAAGUAAUACAAAUUUCUCAGGAAUGAAUGGGUUUGAAGACAAUGGGAUGAAUCCAGAAUUGCCAUUCAUAGACCUAGAUGUUGUUGCAGCUGCCACGGACAACUUCUCUCCCGAGAACAAGCUUGGAGAAGGUGGUUUUGGUGCUGUCUAUAAGGGUCGGUUGUUCAACGGGAAGGAGAUUGCUGUAAAAAGACUAUCCAAGAAUUCAGGGCAAGGAAUGGAAGAGUUUAAAACUGAAGUUCUACUGAUUGCCAAACUUCAACAUAGAAAUUUGGUUAGGCUCCUUGCUUGUAGCCUCCAGGAAGAAGAAAAGAUGUUAAUCUAUGAGUACAUGCCCAACAAAAGCUUGGACUCUUUCAUUUUCGAUAAAACUAAGAGUGCAUUGCUUGAUUGGAGAAAACGAUUUGAUAUCAUAGUUGGAAUUGCUCGAGGUGUUCUCUAUCUUCACCAAGACUCCAGGUUGAGAAUCAUUCAUAGGGAUUUGAAAGCUAGCAAUAUACUGCUAGAUGAAGAGAUGAACCCUAAAAUUUCAGAUUUUGGUAUGGCAAGGAUGUUCGGAAUAAACCAGAGUCAAGCAAAUACGAACAAAGUGGUUGGGACAUAUGGUAAGAAGAACAAUGUACGAUAUUCUCAUGAAGAUCCUUCAACGAAUUUAAUAGAACAUGUAUGGGACUUGUGGAAAGACGGUCGAGUAUUGGAGAUAGUUGAUUCAUCAAUGGGUGACUCCUACCCUGCUCAUGAAGUUUCGAAGUGCAUCCAAGUUGGGUUGUUGUCUGUGCAAGAAAGUGCGUCAGAUAGGCCAACAAUGUCGAGUGUUACUUCCAUGUUGGAGAAUGAAACAAAGAUGCCUAUGCCUAACCAACCUGCUUUUAUCAUUAAGAGAACUAUCAUUGGCCAAGAUUCAUUUACAUCCAUAAAUGAAUAUCAAACAACUUCUAAUGUUAAGUAUACUGGAUCAGGGGCAAUUGGGAAUGGGCAGCGUGGUUAUAAAAGCUUCUCUAGAAUGAUUCAGUUUGAAGACAAUGAAACGAAUUUCGAAUUACCAUUCAUUGAAGUAGAUGUUGUAACAGCAGCCACGGACAACUUCUCUCCCAAUAGUAAGCUUGGAGAAGGCGGUUUUGGUCCUGUCUACAAGGGUCGGCUGUUCAACGGGAAGGAGAUAUCAAUUAAAAGAUUAUCCAAGAAUUCGGGGCAAGGAAUGGAAGAGUUUAAAAAUGAAGUUCUACUGAUUGCCAAACUUCAGCAUAGAAAUUUGGUUAGGCUCUUAGCUUGUAGCCUCAAGGAAGAAGAAAAGAUGUUAAUCUAUGAGUACAUGCCCAACACAAGCUUGGACUCUUUCAUUUUCGAUAAAACUAAGAGUGCAUUGCUUGACUGGAGAAAACGAUUUGAAAUCAUACUUGGAAUUUCUCGAGGUGUCCUCUAUCUUCACCAAGACUCCAGACUGAGAAUCAUUCAUAGAGAUUUGAAAGCUAGUAAUGUGCUGCUUGACGAAAAGAUGAACCCCAAAAUUUCAGAUUUUGGUAUGGCGAAUUUCGGAGGAAACCAAAUUCAAGCAAAUACAACCAAAGUAGUUGGGACAUAUGGUUAUAUGUCGCCAGAGUAUGCAAUGCAAGGGCUUUUCUUAAUAAAGUCGGACGUAUUUAGCUUUGGGGUAUUAUCAUUGGAGAUCAUUAGUGGCAAGAAGAACAGUGUAUAUUUUUAUGAAGAUCCUUCAACGAAUUUAAUAGAACAUGUAUGGGACUCAUGGAAAGAAGGCCGAGCAUCGGACAUAGUUGAUUCAUCAAUGGGUGACUCUUAUCCUGCUCAUGAAGUUUUGAGGUGCAUCCAAAUUGGGUUGUUGUGUGUGCAAGAAAGUGCAUCAGAAAGGCCAACCAUGUCAAGUGUUAUUUUCAUGUUGGAGAAUGAAACAAAGGCGUCUACUCCUAACCAACCUGCUCUUAUUAUGAAAAGAACUUUCAAGUGCCAAGAUUCAUCUAUCUCUAUAAAUGAAGUGACGAUUACUAUGGUAGAUCCUCAAUAG